AAAUGCCAGGUAUACAAUACAAUUGAAUUGUUAUCGUGAAGAUGUUCGUUGGAUGCUGUGCGUUAGAAAGAGACCACCAGCAAUGAUGUUUCAAUGUUUCGGUCAACUUAGUCUAUUGAACUGUCAAAUCAGUUUGACAGUUCGGUCUAAGCCGUAGCAGCUGUCAAAGUCACACAUAUAGAACAUACCAAUCGAUAGUACGUGGUGUUUGCACGAAGUGACAAGCGAAAAACUUACUAGAAUUUUCAUUAUUUUUUUCUUGGUUGAUUCAAUUAAAUGAAUUGAGAUUUUGUGGAUUCGGAACGGUUUCAAUGAAAACAUGUGGCAAAAGAUCCAAUUAGCUAGAGCCAAAGAUAUUUCGAUAUCAUUCACAUUAAUUUUAUUAACAUUCGUCAAUCUAUUGCCGCUGGGAGAGUGUUUGUACGAAGACCAAGUGGGAAAAUUUGAUUGGAGUAACCAUUACGUGGGCAAAUUAAUUGAUGGAUUUUACGAUGAUCGAUUAGGCCAUUUGUUGGUGGGCACCGAAGAAAACGUGAUUGCCGCAUUGAAUGUUGACAAUGGUAACAUUGUGUGGCGUCGUGUGCUUGAGAAAGACGACCGAGGAUCCAUUCAAUUUUUGCAGUCGUUAAACGAUGACUUUGUCGCUUCGAACAGUUUGCGUGUGUCUGGGCGACAAGAGCCAGACCAUUUUGCUGUCGCUGUUACCGGAAAAAGUUUCGUGUUAGUACGCGUUUGGAAUAUUCGAACCGGAAAUUUAGGAUGGGAAUGGGGCUUCCAACCAAGCACCACUUCGAAUGAUAAGGCACACUGGUUUGCCACAUCGUCCAUCUUGUAUCACGCUCAACCCAAUUGGGACACAUCCAGCAUUGAGGUCACGGCAUACAACAUCAAAACCGGACAAAUUGAAGCCACUGCACGCCGAAUCCCCAUUGGAUCUAGCCAAAAACAAAACUGCGAUUUUGUACAAUCAUUUUUAGUUUGCUCUGGUGCGGGCGAAGUUGUUGCCACCGAUUUGAUCGUUGCAACGAAAAAAGUUGUGACCAAAACGACGAGUAGACAGAAAGUUGUGAAUGGAGUCGAACCAGCCAUUCAAGUCGAUGGCAAAGUCUACAACUUGAAGACAAACACCAUUUUACCUGGUGAAAAUCAAGGUCCUGUCUUGUUCUACACAAAAAAUCGCAGCACCAAUGGACCAGUCUUAGUUGAAGCCUCUGUACAAAGUUCGAACAUCAAUAUAAAAGCUUCAAAUGCCGAAAAUGGAGAGUCGUUGCUAUCUUUUACCGCUAAUUACCCCAACCACUUGGAUACUCCCCAUGUGAUUGAUGCCAGCUGCAAAACUAAUAAAAAGGGAGACUUUGUAUGUCGCUUCUUGUUGUCUACAGACAACGCGGCUGUCGUUCAAUUGCAAUCAGGUAAAAUCAAGUGGAUUCGUGAAGAAUCAUUGGCUGAUGUCGCAGUCAUUGAAAUGGUGGAUCUUCCAUUGGCUGACAGUGAGGGUGCCAUCGAAAAGCAGAUGAAGAGUGACAAUGGGGAUAUUGUCGGCAAUUUCAUACAACGAGUUACCACACAAUUGAAUCACGUGAAACAUUUGCUUCGCACCAUUUUCGAUGUAGUCAGCACACAUCACAUUCCAACCAAAGGAGAAUUAACUCGUGAUGCUUUCGGGUUACACACAAUUAUCGUGACUGUUACCAGCUCGGGAAAGCUGUUCGGUAUCGACAACAUUUCGGGAAAACAACAUUACAUUACGAAUCUACCAAACUUCGGCGAGUUUGAAAAUGAACAACCGAUGAAAAUUGUUGUGCAAAGAACAUCGAAGCAUUUCCCAUAUCCCGCACAAUGCAUUAUUCUGGCCAAGCAUAAGAUCACCGGCAAUGGUUUGCUCUACCAAUUCAAUCCGAUCGACGGUACUCCGGUCAAUGGUGGAAUCAUUGAGUUAAACUAUCCAAUUCGCCAAGUGUCCGUACUGCAACCAGGGCCAGAUUUUCUUCGUGGAGUUUUAUUGCUCGAUAAAGCCAAUAACGUUCAUGUAUAUCCCGAAACAGCCAUUGAAACGGCCCAUGGCACCUUUAUCUAUGUCUCUGAUGUAAAUACUGGCAUCGUAACCGGCUACUACAUCGGUUUGAAUGACAAAAAUCUGGAAGCGACCGAAACAUGGCGCAUCAAUCUCGGUGGUUUGGACAAUUCACAGAAAAUCAUCAAAAUUGCAUCAAAAAAUCCCAACGAACACGUUCAUUCGCAGGGCCGAGUAUUCAACGAUCGAUCCGUUUUGUACAAGUACAUCAAUCCAAAUCUCGUUGCCAUCGUCACACAAGGAACCGAUAAUGUUUACAAAUAUGUUUUAAAUGUUCAUUUGGUCGACGUUGUGUCCGGUGGCAUUGUGACCACGAUCACUCAUCGCCGAGUCAAGGGACCUGUGAAUAUUGUACAUUCCGAAAAUUUCCUGGUUUACUCUUACUAUAAUGAUAAAGUUCGACGCACUGAAUUAACUACCAUCGAGUUGUAUGAAGGAAAUACACAGGCAAACAGCACUAUUUGGACAUCAUUCGAUGCACCUCCAUUGCCUGCCAUUGAACAACAAGCUUACAUCAUUCCAGCCACCAUCGUUUCGAUGAAAGAAACCAUCACGGAAAAGGGCAUCACCAAUAAACACGUUUUGAUUGGAUUAUCAACCGGUGCCAUUGUUGAGAUGCCAUGGCAUUUGCUCGACCCAAGACGGCCCGUGCUCAAUACGAAUCAGCCGCGUGAAGAGGGAACAAUCCCAUACAUCCCAGAGUUACCAUUAUCUAGCGAAAGUGUCAUUAAUUACAAUCAAUCAAUUUCUCGAAUUAAAGGCAUUUACACCUCACCAAGCGGUUUGGAAAGUACUUGCUUAGUUGUUGCCUAUGGUCUAGAUUUCUUCUCUGUGAGAAUAUCGCCUUCAAGGACAUUUGAUCUGUUAAAAGAAGACUUCGACUACUUCACCCUAACCACUGUGCUGAUUGCUUUAACUGUUGCAUCGUUCGUCGUCAAACACAUGUCAGCGAAGAAAGCACUGAAACAAGCAUGGAAAUAAUAAGUUAACCCAAAGUAAGGCACCAGGAUCUAUUUAGAUCUCCAAUGACGAUUUGUGGUCAAAUCGGUCACGUGUUUAUUUAUGUGAAUUGUGAACAAAAUCGACAUAAUUUUAUAAACCACUAAAUUAAACUAGCGAAUUGUAAGAGGCAUGUUUUUUAUAAGUAGAGUGCAAUUGUUUGUGGGUUUUGAAUUUUAAAAUCGAUCAUCAUUUGUAUUGCCGAGUAUUAGAAGCCGAUUUGAAUAAAAUUAUGAGAAAUUUCCCUAAA